GCUACCCUUCCUCUAUAGCGUCACUGACAGUAACCACUUACUAAAGACCACCCAUAGAGGAGUGUGCAAUCACAACAUUGGAACGAGCACGCAGCACGCAGGCGGAGAUCAGGCACUGUUUCACGCCCCUACAGCUCGUGAGCGCGCACGCCGCAGGAGACGCUUCUGCGUUUCAUAUUCCCUGUGGCUCAAGAUGGCGUCGCUGCUGCAGUUAGACAGAGUAUUGUACCUAGUACACGGCGACAAGCCUAUUCGAGCGCCUCUCUCUCAACUCUAUUUCUGCCGAUACUGCAGCGAGCUCCGCUCCCUAGAAUGUGUCUCUCACGAGGUGGACUCGCACUACUGUCCCAGCUGCCUGGAGAAUAUGCCAUCAGCAGAAGCAAAGCUGAAAAAGAACAGGUGUGCAAACUGCUUUGACUGCCCUUGCUGCAUGCACACUCUUUCCACCCGGGCAACUAACAUACCUGCCCCACUCCCAGAUGACCCAGCCAAAACUACCAUGAAGAAAGCCUAUUACCUCGCCUGUGGAUUUUGUCGUUGGACUUCCAGGGAUGUUGGGAUGGCUGACAAAUCUGUUGCUAGUGGUGGAUGGCAGGAACCUGAGAAUCUACACACACAGAGGAUUAAUAAACUACUAGAGUAUUACCAGCAACUGGCACAGAAGGAAAAGAUUGAACGCGACAGGAAGAAGCUGGUGCGACGUCGCAACUAUAUGCCGCUUGCCUUUUCUCAACAUACUAUUCAUGUGGCGGAUAAAUAUGGACGUGGAACAAGGCUCCAGCGCCAGAGGCCAGGGGCGCCUAUUACUGCCCUUACUGGACUGACUCUUAAAGAAGGCGAAGACCAGAGAGAGAUAAAGAUUGAGUCAGCGCAAGCUGUUGAAGAAGUGGAACCAUUGCCAGAUGAUUAUUACACCAGGCCUAUCAAUCUAACUGAAGUUACCACUCUGGAUCAGCGCUUGUUACAACCAGACUUCCAGCCCAUAUGUGCCUCACAGCUGCAUCCUCGCCACAAACAUCUAUUAAUCAAGCGAUCACUGCGAUGCAGGAAAUGUGAACAUAAUUUGAGCAAGCCUGAAUUUAACCCAACAUCUAUCAAGUUUAAGAUCCAGCUGGUGGCCCUGAGUUAUGUUCCAGAAGUGAGGAUUAUGUCUAUCCCCAAUCUGCGUUACAUGAAGGAAAGCCAGGUCCUUUUAACUUUAACUAACCCAGUGGAGAACCUCAGUCAUUUGAACCUUCUCCCAUGCGAGGAGGGGGACCAAGAUGACAUCAACAGCACGGCAAAGGUGAUUGUACCAAGCAAGGAGCUGAUUCUAGCAGGAAAAGAUGCUGCCGCAGAGUAUGAUGAGCUGGCCGAACCACAAGAUUUCCAGGAUGAUCCAGAUGUUGUUGCCUUUAGGAAGGCCAAUAAAGUUGGAGUUUUCAUCAAAGUCACUCCUCUUCAAGAAAAAGGAAAAGUGAUUGUGAGUUUUAAGCUUAAACAUGACUUCCGAAACCUGGCAGCUCCUAUGAGACCUCUUGAAGACAACGAAUCCAGUUCAGAGGCAGUCUGGCUUACUCAUCACGUGGAGCUUGACCUGGGACUUGUGGUACCACCAGCCCAGUAAGAUGCUGAAUAGCUGGCACCUGCACAGGAGAGGUUAACUGGGGCCAACUUCUCCAGCUCUGAAUGAUGAAUAAGGCUAGGGUGGUGGUACCAGUGGUUUAGGUAGCCAGUGCUCAGUGGUGUUUGUCUAACAAGAAACAACAGUGCAAGUAUGUCUGCCAGUAGCAUCGCUUGUCUGACCUUUAGGGGAUCUCUUUAACUCUGUUAGGAACAAUCUAGUAAGUUAUGCCAUACACGUUGUCAAACAUCAAUAUGCUAAACUGCCCACAAAGAUCUGCACCUCCCACACUUAACUUGCACCUGCAAAACUGUUCUACUUAUAUUUAUACAGUGUAGCUAAACUAAAUACAUAUUCUAAGCUUGAAUUAGGGAAACAUUUACUAGCAUCUCCUUAGCUGCUAGAUUCUCUAUAUCUGGGAUAUAGAUAUAGUUAAUGUAACACGGCACUUACUAACAGGCAUUUAUUUAGUUCUUGACUUGUUCCCAUCUGUGGGUGAAAAAAACAUGAUCUUGCUGUUUUACAAUAGCGCUGAUAUAUCAAUUGCUACUGGCUGAACCCACGGCUUCUUCUUUAGACUAUCUUAUUUCCCAGCUUCUUUUAAAUAUGAAUACUGUUGGUACCCCACAGUUAAGAUGUCUCAUUUUAGUAAUACACUAUAAUAGGGAUCAAUGCAUCUGCUUCAUCAUUUUUGUUUGGAACAUAAUCCAGAUCUUUGGAUUUUCAAGAGCAACAUGAAUUCACCUAAAGCUGGAAAUAACUUUUAAUACCAUGUGUGUGCGAUGCAUUGCCUGAACCAAUAUAUAUAUGCUAAAUCCUUAUUUAUUGUUAGAAUUUGCAUUUUAAAACCCUGUUGUUUUCUGUUGGGUGAACCUUAUAACAGUGAAGUGGCAAACCCUGGCAAUUGCAUGAUCUACUGGAACUCAGUAUAUCCCUUUUUAGCCUGGCUGUUUGAGGAAUAAAAUACACUAAAAUUA